AGGGACAAUGGUCAUUUCCACGUCUCCUGCUCCUUCCUGCAGGGAUUGUCCCACCAAUCACAGGGGAAGGCGAGAGAUUAGCUCCUGAGAUUAUGGUGUUCACCUCCAAACCCUGCCUAAUCCUGCCAUCUGUCAGAGAGCAGCUAACCCAGCCAAGACUCCUUCUACUAGACUGAUUAGAAAGCCAGAAAACCUGAAGAGGAAAAAAGACAUCUCCAAAGUACACACACUUUACUGUCUGAAACGGCUGAAGGCAGAGGGACGAUGGAGGAGACGUACCUGCUCAACCAUCCAGGAGUCAAGAAGAAGAUUCUGGCAGGAGGAAAGGGACCGCUGCCACACUUUCCACCUGGGGCAAAGCUGGUUUUCCAUUUCCAGACACUGCUGGACGACUUUGAACGAACUGUAAUUGAUGACAGUCGAUUGGCAUGCAGGCCAGCAGAGAUCUUUGUGGGAAAGAUGUUCAAGAUGGAAGUCUGGGAGACCUUGCUGAUGUCCAUGAGGAUCGGAGAGGUGUCUGAGUUCUGGUGUGAUGCCGUUCACACAGGUCUAUACCCCAUCGUUUCCAAGGGAAUGAGGCUGAUCGCUCAAGGGAAAGACCCUCUCGAGGGCCAGAGACACAUGUGCGGCAUGGGAAACAUGUUUAACUAUCACACCACUGGUUUCCCAGAGCUGGAUGAGCUAAUGAGAACUCCUCAACCGCUUAUAUUUAUCAUGGAGCUGUUACAGGUGGGAGACAGCAUGUCCUACUACAGAGAGUCGUGGAUGAUGGACAAGGAUGAGAAGCUGCAGGCUGUGCCAAGUCUCCACAUGCAGGGCAAUGCACUGGUCACUCAGAGACAAUUCAGAGAGGCUGCCAGCAAGUACAAAGAGGCCGUCCUGCUGCUCAAAACAAUCCAGUCGAGAGAGAUGCCAGGUGAUGUGGACUACAUUAAUAUAGGUCGAAUGAUCAUCCCCCUGGAGUUGAACUACUGCCAGUGUAUGUUGGAGCUGGAGGAGUAUUAUGAAGUUAUUGAGCACACCACUGAACUGUUGGAGAAACACAAAGACUGUGUGAAGGGCUACUACAAGAGAGCAAAGGCUCACGCUGCCGUGUGGAAUGAAAAGGAAGCCCGGAGAGACUUCCACAUGGUGUCCAACCUGGACGUCACUCUAGCCUCUCUUGUCCACCGAGAGCUGAAGGCCCUGUCAGAACGCAUGAAGGAGAAGUAUUGGGAGGAGAAGGAGACAUACUGGAACAUGCUGGAGAAAACGGAGAACAAAAAGGAAGACGAGGAAGAGAGCGAGCAUGAUGAGGAGGACGAAGAGGUGGAGGGUGAAGGAAAACAAAAAGACAGUGAAAGCGUCAACAUCGAGGGUGAAGACAAAGUGGAGGAAGAAAAAGAAGGAUCUCCAUCAGAAUGUACAGAGGUCCAUAACAAGGAGCUCAGGGGAAAUAAGGGCACACUAACUGAGGACACAGGAGACAAAGAGGAAGCAAACACCUCUGAGGCUACCUCCAAUGUAACAGACGGGAAGGACUGGCAGCAGAUGUUAAGAUUGGUCAUGUUGCUGCAAAAAGAAGGAAACUUCCUCAUUAAGGAAAAAACAUUUGAAGAGGCGUCUGUAAAACUAAAGGAGGCAUUAGAAUAUGUGGACUUCCUUCAGAAUAAGCAGGUGGAUCGACAGAGUGAAGACUGGGAGUUAUUGGAGAACGUGCGCCUUCCGCUGACUCUCAACCUCAGCCAGUGCAUGCUGGAGCUCAAACUUUACCAGCAGGUGGUGGAGCUCAACACCAAGCUGCUGAAGAAGCAUAAAGGUAACUUUAAGGCGGUGUACCAGAGAGCACGAGCACAUGCCGCUUUGUGCAACGAGCGUGAAGCGAGGCGGGACUUUGAAAUGGUGGAGAAAUUAGACCCCCAGUUUAAAUCUUUCGUGCGGCAGGAACUGAAAAAGAUGGGCGAGAGCCUACGCACCAUGCAUGCCCGCCAGAAUAAGACUUACUGGGAUACGACGCAGGAGAAGUGGGGGCCUGGUGGCAGCAAGACAAAGAGUGCUGCAAGAAAGAAGAAAGAUACAACUUCACAGAAAGCCCCUGAAGAAAAAACUGAAGCUGACAAGAAGACAGAAAACAGAGAACUAGAAGACAAGGAAAGCACAGAGAAACCUGCCCCUGCUGAGACGAAGGCAGCAGAUGACACAGAGGCAGAGAAAAAUCCAGAUGCAAAAGCAGAGCAGAGUAAUAAAGAGCCGGGCCCGGAGAGCGGGAGAGCGAGUGGAGAGGGGUUAGAUAAUAAAAAUAUAGAGAGGGUCAUGGUACACGAGGACAGGCAAGGUGCACCGGAUCACCGAGCAACAGAGGAAGAUAGUGAUCCCGAGGCCAGCGGCACAGGCGGAGAUAAUGUAGUGAGCAAGAGAUCAGCACUCGAUAAGGGCAGGAAGAAGGUCAAAUGCCAAUCAAGUGCUGCAAUAGGCCCGAGCAGAACAAGCCAGGGGAACAAAGGCAGCAGUGAUGAGGCAGGAAGUGGUGACACUCAAUCAGAGUAGACCAACAGGCUGGAAAUGUCUUGUGCAGGGCCAAAGGAACUUGUGGAAGCUGUGUGCAGAAAGGAUUUGACCUAAAUCAGGGGGAGGGAGGGGGACAGCAAUAUAAUUACUAAAAGUGAGAGAAAGACAAGUGAUAAACAGCCAAAGCCCCAAGUCUCAACUGGAAAUAUUGAUUCUGCCACACACAGAGCCGAAUAUAAACACAAGAAGAAAAAUUAAUGUAAACAUAAACCCGCAUUGGGUUUCAUUAUUCAGUUCUCGGAGGGAUAACUGCAGGGACAUGAAAAAAAAAAGUUCAGAAGUUUGGCAAAUACAAAGUUUUUUUAUUUCUGUACACAAAGAGUAGAAAGCAGCCAGUAACCCACUUGUUAUUACAGUAAAAAGCCUUUCUUCAGAAAACCUUUUUUUCUUUUUUUACAGAUUAAAAACUCCAGAGAAAAGACAGCAAGAAGUGUUUGAGUGCUGGACAAAAACAUCAAAUCAAAACCCGUUAAAAAAUAAACAGUUGAAUAAUUAAUGAGGUAUAUUAAUGGUGAUUUAAAAAAAACAACAAAAAAAACAAACGAGAAACCUCAGUCCACCAGUGAGUUAUGAGUGUGUGUAUAUAUGUGUUAGUGUUUUAAACACCAUGGUGUUUGAGGUUAGGUGAUUCAUUGCCCUGUCAUGAGAAGCGCAUGUGUCCUUAUUCUAAGCUUUGGAUACAUGACAGUAGACAUGGAGGGUAAUGAUUAGAGCCAUUACCGGGUCGGCCGGCUACAUGAAGACUGGAGCGAAAUGGCUGUGUCCUCUGGGUGACUCUUGGCUCCGUGGAGAGCCUUCUUCUUCAAUCAAACAACUUCAGUUGCACCGCAGAGAGAGAUAAAGAGAGAGCAGGGCGAGUUUUAGUAUGUGUUAGGAAUAUAGGGAGCUGCUACUGGUAAAGGAACUUGCGCAUGGAUCAGAUAAGUCGAAGAGAUGAGAUGUGUGACUCUCGUGCAACUGGAGGACCACAAAAGUCUGUUUAGCAUGUGGAAAAACUGAUGUAUAAUAAUCUGUCAUAGGACCACAAAAUAUAUUCAUUUCAGACUGCCUCCUCAUUAUUGUCUGAAAAGAAACACGACAAAUGUUGACACGCGGCCCCAUGGGGAAUCCCUCCUCUGCUGUUCAUUCACGCGUCACUGUUACAUCAUUAUGUGCGCCCACAUACCGCAGAAUGGAGUGUGAGGCUGCCGGGUGAUCAUCAAUGAGAAAUGAGAUGUGUGACUACCAAUAAAUAAAACGAGUAAACAUUA